AUGGCCCAUUCCAGAGGAUGUCGAGUCACCAAUUUUCAUUGGGGUUGGGAAGAGCCUGAGGACAUUGACGCUGGUGUCCAGGCAACUCCAACAGCCGGUCCUAAGAGCACCACAAACACCGCCGCCGCCACGCGAAAGAAAAAAACAAGAUCCCCUUCCACAAGCAUUUACACAAACUACUCAACACCACAGCUGGAUCACACCCCAGCCCCGGUCCUUCCAAAAGAAAGAGGAGACGCAAUACGAUCAGCUAAGCCUUAUUUAGCCACCCCGGGAGCAACUGUUCGUGGCCUUUAUGGAGAAACUUUUUACGAAGGAGAUACCUUAGUUACAUUUCACUAUGAAAAAUCGAGAUCCGGUGAUAUAACACAAGGUCUUCCAAAAGUAGAACAGGUAUUAGAAGUGCGUUCCGUUGAUCCAAUAUCGCUGAAUCUAGAAAGGAGGGUUGAGGGUUGGAACAAAUGUCUAACAAGAAUUCUUGGAAUUCCUUGGGGAUUCUUGAUUGGUGCUGAGCUAACUAUAGCGCAAAGUCGCAUCUCUUUGGUUAAUAAGAUCCAAAAAGUUUAUCGAUCCCAGGGAGUGCAGAUUCAUAAUCGGCAUAUCGAAAUUAUUGUACGUCAAAUCACAUCAAACGUGUUGGUUUCAGAAGACGGAAUGUCUAAUGUUUUUUCACCCGGAGAACUUAUUAGAUUGUUGCGAGCAAAACGAAUGGGGCGUGCUUUAGAAGAAGCAAUCUGUUAUCGAGCCCUUUUAUUGGGAAUAACAAAAGCAUCUCUCAAUACUCAAAGUUUCAUAUCGGAAGCGAGUUUUCAAGAAACUGCUCGAGUUUUAUUUUAUCCCGCUUUUUAG